AUGGCCACCACCAGCAUUCCCCCCUCCAUCGCCCCCAUCACCUCCCACCACAACAACCAGCAAACGCACCUCUACUACCUCCGCGCAUGCCUCUCCCUCUCCCAACAAUCCCCCCCCAAACCCACAAACUUCCGCGUCGGCGCAAUCCUCCUCUCCCGAAUGCCCACCACAAUGCCCACCAAUCCUCCCAACCAACCGCAAUCCCACACCCCACCAGCCACAUACACAGACACCAUCCUCUCAACAGGCUACACCCUCGAGCUACCCGGAAACACCCACGCCGAGCAAUGCGCAUUAGCAAAAUACGCCGCUCGCCACGGUAUUAGCGAGGAGCACGUGGGUGACGUUUUACCCCCUCCUCCACCUUCGUCCGCAUCAUCGCAAUUCCACACCACAGACCCCCCGCGCCCGCAGAGCAUAAUACUCUAUGUCACCAUGGAGCCAUGCGGCAAGCGGUUAUCGGGGAAUAGGCCUAGCGCGGGCGGUGCUAGACAUGGUAUCGACAAGGUGUACUUUGGCGUUAAGGAACCUGGGACGUUUGUGGGUGGUUCGGUUGGGUGUAGGAUGUUGACGGAAGCCGGGGUGGAGUGGGAGGUUGUUGAGGGGUUGGAGAAGGAGAUUUUGAAGGUGGCGAUGGAGGGGCACGAGGAGCGGAAGGGAAAGGGUGGUGGGGAUGAGGUGCGAGGGACGAAUAUCGAUGAUAUUUCCGAGGAGGAGAGGAGGAGGCAGGAUGCUAUGCCGCGUAAUCCGUUGAAGAGGAUGAUGGAGGCGGAUAUUUAG